GGGACUACAUGUCCCAGGAGCUCGGUCGCCGUCGCCGCCCGCCGCCUGCGCAGUGCCGCGCCGCGCCGCGCCUGACUCGGGGCCGCAGCGGGAGCCGGGCGGCGGAGCCGGGGCUCUGGGCGGUGAGUACUGUGUCAUCCGCUCGCUGCCCAAGAUGGUGAAGCUGGAUAUACACACGCUGGCACAUCACCUCAAGCAGGAACGGCUGUAUGUAAACUCAGAAAAGCAACUUAUUCAAAGGCUCAAUGCAGAUGUAUUGAAGACAGCUGAAAAGCUGUACCGCACAGCAUGGAUUUCCAAGCAGCAAAGGAUUAACUUGGACAGACUGAUCAUAACAAGUGCUGAAGCUUCUCCUGCUGAAUGUUGCCAGCAUGCUAAAGUCUUGGAGGACACGCAGUUUGUGGAUGGUUAUAAGCAGUUGGGAUUUCAGGAGACUGCUUACGGAGAAUUCCUAAACAGAUUGAGGGAGAACCCUAGGCUUAUUGCAUCUUGCCUGGUUGCCGGAGAGAAGCUCAACCAGGACAACACUCAGAGUGUCAUUCACACAGUCUUUACAUCCAUUUAUGGCAAUUGCAUCAUGCAGGAGGAUGAGAGCUACCUCCUCCAGGUCCUCCGUUACUUGAUAGAAUUUGAACUCAAAGAAAGCGACAACCCAAGGCGGCUGCUGAGACGAGGCACCUGUGCCUUCAGCAUCUUAUUCAAACUUUUCUCUGAAGGACUCUUUUCUGCAAAACUUUUUCUUACUGCAACUUUACACGAGCCAAUCAUGCAGCUUCUGGUUGAAGAUGAAGACCACCUGGAAACUGAUCCCAACAAGUUAAUUGAGAGAUUCUCUCCAGUGCAACAGGAAAAGUUAUUUGGAGAGAAAGGCACAGAAAAGUUCAAGCAAAGAGUCCAAGAGAUGGUUGACUCCAAUGAGGCCAAACUGGUGACCCUGGUGAACAAAUUCAUUGGCUAUCUCAAACAAAACACUUACUGUUUUCCUCACAGCUUGAGAUGGAUUGUGUCACAAAUGUACAAAACGCUCUCGUGUGUAGACAGGCUGGAGGUUGGGGAGGUCAGAGCGAUGUGCACAGAUCUUCUUCUAGCGUGUUUCAUCUGUCCUGCAAUCGUUAACCCAGAACAGUAUGGAAUCAUUUCUGAUGCUCCUAUAAAUGAGGUGGCAAGAUUUAAUCUGAUGCAGGUUGGGAGACUUCUGCAGCAAUUGGCAAUGACAGGUUCUGAAGAGGGAGAUCCACGGAUGAAGAGCAACCUUGCUAAAUUUGACAAAAGCUGUGUGGCUGCUUUCCUGGAUGUAGUUAUUGAUGGGCGUGCGGUUGAAACUCCUCCAAUGUCUUCUGUUAACCUUCUGGAGGGCUUGAGUAGAACAGUGGUUUACAUGACAUACAGCCAGCUAACUAGUCUGGUUGGCUUUAUGCGGAAUGUAAUGUCAAGCGAUCAGCUUAAGGAAGAUCGGAUGGCUUUGGAAAACUUGCUGGCAAACCUACCCCAGAACAGACCAGGGAAAAGCAGCAGCCUUGAAAUGACUCCCUAUAAUACUCCACAACUUUCCCCUGCAACUACUCCAGCUAACAAAAAAAAUCGAUUGCCAAUAGGACAGCAAUUGGCAGCCAUUACUGCCUGGGAUACUUCUGCUACCAAUCUUUCAGCUCAUAUAACUCUAGUAACCCCUUUUGCAACUCGUAGCAGAAGCAGAUCAAAUAUUCUAAUGGAUCAGCAUGGAGAUCAUGAGGGAUCCUCCCAGGAGACUAUCCCAGAGGUUCAGCCGGAAGAAGUGCUGGUGAUUUCUUUGGGGACAGGUCCACAGAUUACUCCAGGAAUGAUGUCAGAAAAUGAGGUCUUAAAUAUGCAGCUUGCAGAUGGCGGACAAGGAGAUGUCCCUGUUGAUGAAAACAAACUCCAUGGUAAACCUGAUAAAACCUUGCGCUUUUCCCUCUGCAGUGAUAAUCUGGAAGGAAUAUCUGAAGGUCCUUCAAAUCGCUCCAACUCUGUGUCAUCUUUGGAUUUAGAAGGGGAGUCUGUGUCGGAGCUUGGCGCAGGCCCCUCCGGGAGCAACGGCGUCGAAGCUCUGCAGCUGUUAGAGCAUGAACAAGCCACAACUCAGGAUAAUCUUGAUGACAAGCUCCGUAAAUUUGAAAUCCGGGAUAUGAUGGGGUUGACUGAUGACAGAGAUAUAUCAGAAACUGUGAGCGAAACUUGGAGUACAGAUGUCUUGGGAAGCGACUUUGAUCCAAAUAUUGAUGAAGAUCGUUUGCAAGAAAUAGCAGGUGCGGCUGCAGAGAACAUGCUAGGCAGCUUGCUGUGUUUACCAGGUUCAGGAUCCGUGUUGCUUGAUCCCUGCACAGGUUCAACCAUAUCAGAAACCACAAGCGAGGCAUGGAGCGUGGAAGUAUUACCAAGUGAUUCAGAGGCCCCAGACUUAAAACAAGAGGAAAGACUCCAAGAACUGGAAAGCUGUUCAGGGCUGGGUAGCACAUCUGAUGACACAGAUGUAAGGGAGGUCAGUUCCCGACCCAGUACGCCAGGCCUCAGCGUUGUAUCAGGUAUUAGUGCAACAUCUGAAGAUAUUCCUAAUAAGAUUGAGGAUCUGAGGUCUGAAUGUAGCUCUGAUUUUGGGGGAAAAGAUUCUGUGACAAGUCCUGACAUGGAUGAAACGGCCCAUGGAGCCAGUCAGUUGACAUCUCCUCCUUCUCAGACAGAUUCUUUGCUUGCAUUGUUUGACCCUCUGUCCUCAAAUGAGGGUGUAUCAGCUGUAGUAAGGCCCAAAGUACACUAUGCAAGACCCUCCCAUCCACCACCGGAUCCACCGAUCUUGGAAGGAGCUAUGGGAGGUAAUGAGGCCCGAUUGCCAAACUUUGGGUCUCACGCUUUAAUUCCAACUGAUUUAGAAGCAUUCAAGCAGAGGCAUUCUUAUCCAGAGAGGCUAGUCCGCAGCAGGAGUUCAGAUAUAGUAUCAUCAGUCCGGAGACCUAUGAGUGAUCCUGGCUGGAACAGGCGUCCUGGUAAUGAGGAGAGGGAGCUUCCUAUGCCAGCCACCAGCGCUGGAGCAGCUGUUCUCAUGGCCGCAUCUCAGUCAUCGUCUUCAUCUCCCAGUAAAGACUCCUCUAGGGGAGAGAUUGAGGAGCGAAAAGACAGUGAUGAUGAGAAGUCUGACAGAAACAAGCCCUGGUGGAGGAAACGUUUUGUGUCUGCUAUGCCCAAAGCUCCUAUUCCAUUUAGAAAGAAAGAAAAACAAGAAAAAGACAAAGAUGAUAUGGUGCCUGACAGAUAUGCAACACUUCAAGAUGAUCCCAGCCCAAGGCUCAGUGCGCAGGCGCAAGCUGCGGAGGACAUUCUGGACAAAUACAGGAAUGCAAUUAAGCGAACCAGUCCUAGUGAAGGAGCCAUAGUAAACUAUGACGGUGCAGAGGCUAUGGGGGAUGGUGAGAGUAUGCACGACUCUCCACGUGAUGAGGCUUUACAAAACAUGUCUGCAGAUGAUCUCCCAGACUCUGCAAGUCAAGUAGCACAGCCACAAAGUUCUGCUUUCUCCUAUAGGGAUGCAAAGAAGAAAUUGAGAUUGGCUCUUUGUUCAGCAGAUUCUGUGGCCUUCCCCAUGUUGACACAUUCAACAAGGAAUGGCCUACCAGAUCACACAGACCCGGAAGAUAAUGAAAUUGUGUGCUUCUUGAAAGUUCAGCUAGCUGAAGCUAUUAACCUCCAAGACAAGAACUUGAUGGCCCAGCUGCAAGAGACAAUGCGGUGUGUAAGCCGCUUUGAUAACAGGACCUGUCGAAAGCUGCUGGCAUCUAUUGCAGAGGACUAUAGGAAAAGAGCUCCAUAUAUUGCUUAUUUAACUCGAUGUCGCCAAGGCCUACAAACGACACAAGCGCACUUGGAAAGGCUGCUGCAAAGAGUUCUGCGAGAUAAAGAAGUGGCCAACAGAUACUUCACGACAGUAUGUGUGAGGUUACUGCUAGAGAGCAAAGAAAAGAAAAUAAGGGAGUUUAUUCAAGAUUUCCAGAAACUCACAGCAGCAGAUGAUAAAACAGCUCAAGUUGAGGAUUUUCUUCAGUUUUUAUAUGGGGCUAUGGCUCAGGAUGCCAUAUGGCAGAAUGCCAGUGAAGAACAGCUUCAGGAUGCACAAUUAGCUAUAGAACGCAGCGUGAUGAAUCGUAUUUUCAAACUCGCAUUCUACCCUAAUCAGGAUGGAGAUAUUUUGCGUGACCAGGUCCUUCAUGAGCACAUACAGAGGUUAUCUAAAGUAGUGACUGCAAACCACAAAGCGCUUCAGAUACCUGAGGUAUAUCUCCGGGAGGCACCAUGGCCAUCUGCACAGUCUGAAAUCCGCACAAUAAGCGCUUAUAAAACCCCUCGAGACAAAGUACAGUGUAUCCUGCGAAUGUGUUCAACCAUCAUGAACCUGCUUAGUUUGGCAAAUGAAGAUUCAGUACCCGGGGCAGAUGAUUUUGUUCCUGUUCUGGUCUUUGUCCUUAUAAAGGCAAAUCCACCUUGCUUGCUGUCCACUGUUCAGUACAUUAGUAGUUUCUAUGCCAACUGUUUAUCUGGAGAAGAAUCGUACUGGUGGAUGCAGUUCACAGCAGCAGUUGAAUUCAUUAAAACUAUUGAUGAUCGCAAGUAACUCGAACAGCACACAUAUGGGCAGACUGUUAGCAGAAGAAGAGUAUAUAAGAAUGUACAACAGCUGCAAAAGCUGAAGAAGAGACUUUCCUUGUAUAAUACUGUACAGAAUUGAGGCGUUUUAAAACACACCUUUACUAAUCAAAUUAAUUUAACAGAUUUUCCUCUUCUCUUUUGGUUGCGUUUUUCUCCCCUAUAGAUACUGGCACUGCAAAAGGGACCACAGUUUUCAGGUAUUUUGGAAUUUCAAAACACGCAGAAAAUUCUUCAUGCUUUUUGCACCACCCCUCUUCCUGAAUUCUUACUCACGUGAAUAAUUCACUUCAUUUAAUUUCUAAUAGAAAACUGAAACAAGAAGAAUCAGGGCAACCACUUAUAUACUUUCUAGCUUAAUACACCUUUUAUUAAUAAAACACCAGCCACACCGAAAGUUUGUAGUAGCUGACAUUAGUUAUCAAUUAUAUUUCACCUAAAUUUAAAAUCUGGGAGGACAGUGUAAAUAUUAUAUAACUAUAUUUAAUGCAUUGCAAUUAUCUUUGGACUCAUUAUCCUUUGAAUAAACAAGCAAAAGCCUCUCUGACCUCUAACAGGUUGUGACAUACUGUGUUUUGGUAAUGAAAGGACGUCCUCGAAAGGCUAAGAUUAAAAAGGGCAAACUGAACUAUUUAUUAAAAUGUAAUUAAGAUUACUGAAAUUUCUAAAACUGGAAUUUAUAAUAGACAGGGCUUAUUAGUUAGCGAAACACUUUUUGGCUAGGGCAUUAUAGGGUGUUAUAAAGGUUUGGGUAUAUAGAGGAGAGGGACUGUAAGUUACAAUAGAUAAGUCUAAUAUAAAAAAGGAGAAAUAAAAUACCUUACUGUAAUAUUUUUUCUGAAAUAUUGUGUAUACUGUACAAACCCCAAACAGAGAUCCUUAACAGAACCUUGGACUGUAAUAUAUAUUUUGAUUAGUGACAUUAAAUACAUAUGCCAGGGGUUUCAGUGAAUGUUUUUACUAAAUGUUCUUCGUGUUGUCUGCUAUGCAGCAGUGCAAGUUUUACUGUUCAUAUAAAAUGUUUUAAAAUAUAACACUGUUCUUUAUGAAACAUAUCAUGACAUCAGUUCAGGGUGUUUUAUAGAUUUCUCACCCCACCUUCCCCUUAAACUGACAAUUAUCAAUUUAAGGAAGUUUUUAUGCGCAACACCACAUGGAUUUUUCAUGAGUGAAAUGGUCUGAGCGAUGGCCAGUGGUUGCUAUCUGUAUAGAAGCACUUGCUGUUCUUUUUUACCUAGAAUUACAGUGGAAAAAGAACAGCGAGCGUUUAACUUUUUCACGUCAGUAUUAUUUCUUGCUCUUCCCAGAGUAUUCUUUGCACUUCUGACAGAGGGAUGUGUUAAGAUUUGGUGUCUGUGAGUAGUAAAGAAAACAAAGUCUUUCUCAUGUUCUUUUCAAAAUAUGAUUGAUUUUUUUUGUGUGCGUGCAUUUUGAUAAUUAAAACCUGUAAGCAACGAGUACUUGGGAAAAUCAUUUGGCUAAUGGAAAUUAGAGCAAUCGAUGUGAAGUAUCAAGUGCUUGAUUUGGCUGUGCUACUUUUCAAGGCAUAAUUAAAGAAACUUACUUUCUAGGACUCUAA